UAUAUAUAUAAACUCAAUGGUAGCUUUAAUCUGCAUUAAAACUUCUGCCUUUAACUUGAUAUUCUCCUUCUUCGUUCCUCAUGCCUCUUGUUUCUCUCUGGUACUGAUUUUAGUUCUCUGUUCAACAAUUUUUUCAAGAUUGUAGUUUCAGGGUGGCAUUUUGUUCAUACAAGUAGAGAUUUCAGUGAUAAUAGCUCUGUUCAGGUCAGGAGGGCUUUUAACAGUGGCAGACCUUGCAAGAAACCAGGGUGAUUGGUUUCACAGCAUGAAGGAUGGAGGAAACCAAAUCAAGUGCAGAUUCUAAUGCAUCUUCUGGGUCAAGCAAAACUGGACAUGCAAUUGUAGCAGCACCAGCAGCUUUGAAUGCACCAUUGGGUCAGCUAGAGAAUACAGCAGAGUUAUCAGAGCAUUUUGCUUGUCAGUUCAAAGGUGUUGUACCCCAGCAUAAUAAGAAAUGGGGAGCCCAGAUCUAUGUAAGCCAUGGUAGAGUUUGGCUUGGAACCUUCAUCAGUCAAGAAGCAGCUGCACUGGCCUAUGACAGGGCUUGUCUCAAGUUCAGGGGUCUUGAUUGUCAAAGAAACUUACUCAGUAAAGAAGAUUGUCAGAUAGAGAUUAUGUUUCAACAGCAGUACAAAGAGGAGCAUGUGGUGCAGAUGAUCAGGGAACACACAUAUGAAGAACAUCUGAAUGAAUUCAUGGCCAAGAUGGGCAGAGAUAAGUUUUUUCAGAAUCAAUCAAAGCCUCAUCUGCAUCAUGAUAAUACCAUUCCACAGCAUCUGUUUGACAAAGAGGUGACUCCUAGUGAUGUAGGGAAGCUCAACAGAUUGGUGAUUCCCAAGCAGCAUGCAGAGAGAAACUUCCCUCGGGAAUCACAGAUCAAGGACAAGGAUGAAAGUCUUGUUUUUCUAGAUGUUGAGAACAACAAAGAAUGGGAAUUCAGAUACUCAUUCUGGAAGAGCAGCCAGAGCUAUGUUCUCACCAGAGGAUGGAGCAAAUUUGUCAAGGAAAAAAUACUUGAAGCAGGAGAUAUUGUUUCCUUUCAGAGGUGUAAUGCCACUGGCAGGCUCUAUAUAAGUGUCAGCCAUCGUUACAGAAGAGAUACUGUUUCUGCAGACAUCAGCUACCAACAGACCAUUGGAAGACCACCCAACUUUCUUUAUCCUUCUUCACCUUUUGGCCGGUCAGAAUUUUGGGUUCUUGUGAAUGGUAGGCCCAUGCAAUUUUACAAUAAUAAUCCAGGCCUAGUUAAUUAUGUUCCACUUCAUAUGGGUUACUCUUCAAGAGGCCUGCAUGGCAUUUCAAAUGCAGGAGGAAUUGUUUCAAACAAUGAUACUGCCAGGGAUUUGAGAGAACAGAGAUUCUUCCCUGCGUAUGGAACAAGUGUAGCUGAAGAUAAUGGAAUGGGUCUUGCAGCUAAUGGUGGUUCCAAUAGUGUUAGAUUAUUUGGCGUUGAAAUUGGAGCCUCUAUACCUGAUUCAGAUUGAAAUCAAUAUUAGGGUUCAGGAACAGUAAAGAAAUCUCUUCUAUAGUUUUUAUUAUGAAUGUUUCUUGCUUUUCUAAAUGAAAAAAACUUUUAAGACA